AUGGCUGAAUACUUCGACACCAUAGCCGAGCUGGGCAGCGAGGACGACGAGGACUUCGAUGGGGACGCUCCCGAGGGACGCUCCAAGACGAAUGGCGAGAAUGGCGUCGAUGAUUCGAGCGAGGAAGAGGACGACGAUGACGAGGAGCGCAUCCGCGAGGUAGCUGUACAGGAGGGCGCUGGCUUCAUCGCCGACGAGGACGAGGACGAAGAGGAAGAGGUCAGCCGUAAGGAGCGCCGGCGUCGCAAGAAGCGCAAGAACAGGGAAGAAGACGAGGCGCUGGACGAAGAGGAUCUGGACCUCAUCGGCAUCGAGGUGGAGCCGCGCGAACAGGCACAGUCGCAGAGCAAGUUCAAGCGCCUGAAGCGUGGCCACAAGGAGCGUGCCAGCCGACCACGCGGUAUCGACGACAUUUUCUCGGACGACGAGGAGCCCGAAGACCCGGACGCCGCCCGGAGGACCGACGUCAACGAAUUCGCCGACUUCAUUGAAGAGGACCAAUUCGAGGACGAGAUAGAGGAGGACGACCACGAAGUCGGACAGCCGGGCGUUGCCAACAUCAGCAGGACUCUACAAUUCACAGGCCUCGACGAGGGUGCUGAAGAAGACUACCGGGCAGCAUUCGGUGAUGGCACAGAGUACGACUGGGCCAUUGAAGAGCAGGAACGCGCAGACCUGGAGGAAGAAGGCGAAGGUCGUCAGACUGAACUCAAGGAUGUCUUCGAACCAGGCCUACUCCAGGAGAAGAUGCUUACUGAGAAGGACCAAGCCAUCCGCGAAAAAGACAUCCCCGAACGUCUGCAGCUGGCACGCGAGCCGUUCCCAGAUGACCAGGACCUGAGCCCAGACACCGUCAAGCAACGGCUUGCCGAAGAGGCCGCAUGGAUUUCCGAACUCUUGUUUCCCAAAAAAGGCAUGGCCUCGUAUUUCAAGACCCCGUUCAUCAAGGCUGUGGAAAAGGUGCUGCAUUUCCUCAACAUAGACAACUACGAGGUUCCAUUCAUCUUCAACCACCGGAAAGACUACUUGAUCCACGCCCCCAGCGGCGAAGACGACGAUCCAGACGAUCCAGCUCCUAGGGACAUGCGUCCCGAACGCUUGCUCAAUCAGAACGAGCUUUGGGAGAUUUUCGAGCUCGACCUCAAGUUCCGCGCCUUUUUCGAGAAGCGAGAAGCGCUCAAAAAGCACUACGAAAAUCUGAGGGCUUUGUACCCUGACAUCGAGGACGACGUCAUUGAAGAUCUGGCCGACAAAGCCUCUACGAUCGAGGAAGUGCAGGAGUUGCAAGACUAUCUACAUUUCCGGUACUCUAGCGAAAUAGGCGAAGUCCGCCAGGAGACCAGCAAUGGUGCGCAGAAGCGUGCGAACACCUCGCGCAACUUCUUCGACAAACUGCGUGGCACAAAGACGGUCAGCUUUGUGCAUGCGCUCGGCAUAACCCCUAAUCAACUUGCGAAGAAGGCCGACGGAACAGAGAACCAUUUCAUUGAAGAUCAGCAAGUCAGUCCGGAAACGUUUGCGGAUCAGUUGGCGGAAUCACCCGAAACAGGAGCCAGCAUUCUACGAUCCGCAAAGUUGUUGUAUACACAGGAACUGCAGAUGAACCCGCGGUUACGGCGCUACGUCAGGGGCAAUUUCUACAUGGAUGCGAGCAUAGACUGCGUUCGAACCGACAAGGGCAUGCGGAAAAUCACCGAGGAUCACCCAUAUUAUGAAUUCAAAUACCUCCGAAGGCAGACAUUCCAGGACCUCAACGGGCGACCUGACCUGUUCUUAAAGAUGUUGAAAGCCGAGGAGGAAGGUCUCAUCAGCGUCAAAAUUCGGAUGAGUAGCUGGGAGAACUUGAAGCGGAAGCUGCAGACUCACAUUGUCUCAGACAACGUCAGCGAAGUCUCUGAACAAUGGAACGUUUUCCGUAAGGAGAUGCUUGAUAUCGCUCUUGACAAGCUGCAACCUAUUAUUGCGGCCGGAGUGAAGGAGACACUCCGAUCUCGUUGUGAGGAUGAGUUGGCAAGUCGGGCACGCGACAGCUACUACAACAAGCUUGACCAGGCUCCGUUCAAACCCCGCGGCGCCGCCUUAGGCCAGGUACCAAACGCACUCUGCAUCUCCAACGGCAAGGGCAUGCGCGGCGAUGCAAUCAUGUGGGCGUAUGUGGAACAAGACGGAAGAGUCUUGGAACACGGCAAGCUCCGAGACUUCCGGCUCGGUAACCGGGAACGCGGGAUUGCUGACGGCAAAGACAUCGAGGUCUUCGUUGAAGUGUGCAACCGACGUAAGCCAGAUGUCAUCGGUGUCAGUGGCUUCUCUGUGGAAACACGAAAGCUCAAGGGCGACCUGGAAGAGAUCAUCAAUCGAAACGACCUGAAAGGACCACAGUACGAAGACGAAGAUCAGACAGAACGGAUCGAUCCUUUGGAAGUCAUCUACGUAAACGACGAAGUUGCGCGCCUCUACUACAACAGUGCUCGAGCUGCCAACGAAUUCCCGAAAUAUCCCCCUCUCACACGUUACUGCAUCGCACUUGCUCGCUACCUACAGAAUCCCUUGGCUGAAUAUGCCUCUCUUGGACGAGAUAUCGUAUCACUGCCUUUCGUACAGAACCAGACGCUCAUCCCACAAGAGAAGUUAUACGACCGCCUGGAGACUGCCAUGGUCGACAUGGUCAAUCUAGUCGGCUUCAAUUUGCUGGACGGCUACGACGACCCCUACAUGUCCAAGUUACUUCCAUACAUUUGCGGUUUGGGCCCACGUAAAGCAGAGCGACUUAUCAAGACUAUCCAAUCCAACAACGACGAGAUACUCUCGCGAUGGGAGCUGAUGGGUGUCUCGGAACAGGGCGACAGCCGCGAGAUUCACAAAGCCAUGGACGAGGUUGUGUUCGUUAACUGUGCCAGUUUCCUGUGGCUUACGUACGACUCGAGUGAAGAUGCAGCCGACUACCUUGACAGUACCCGAGUGCAUCCUGAAGACUACGAUCUUGCUCGCAAGAUGGUAGCCGAUGCCAUGAACCUUGAUGAGGAAGAUAUCAAGGCGGAAAUUGACGAAGCCGGCCCUAGCGCAGUUAUCCGAAGGAUGGUACGCGAAGAGAAGUUUGAUGAGAUUCACGACCUUGAUCUCGAGGGUUACGCAAGGGACAUCGAAAAGAACAUUGGCAUUCGCAAACGUGCUACCUUGGAGACGAUUCGCGCUGAAAUUGCAGACCCCUACGAGGAGAUCCGGCAGACUUUUGCGCUCAUGACGUCUGAUGAGAUCUUCACCAUGCUGACUGGCGAGACCAAAGAGUCUCUGAAAGAAGGCAUGGUCAUCCCUGUCCAGAUCAAGCGCACUUUUCCAGACCACAUCGAGGUCAGGCUCGAGUGCGGUGUGGAGGGAGGUGUUGGCGAACCCGAAUUCCCUGAAGGCGUUGGCAGUGGCCGACAGGCACCUCGUGAUGUCUUCCAGCCGCACCAGACCGUGCGGGCUAAGAUCGUCUUUGUCAACCGGAAAGCUCUCACUGCGCAACUGACUCUGCGCGAGGAUCUUAUCCGGGCGGCACCCACCCAGAUUGAACGCAUACCUGGCGACUGGGACGAGAAGCAGGAGGCAGCAGACAAGAAAGCAGCGGAGCGAGAAAAGGAAGUUGCUUCCGGCCGACCCAAUCGUGUCGUCAAUCACCCUCUGUUCUUCUCGUUCAACUCCGCCCAGGCCGAAGAAUACCUCGGCAGCAAGGAACCUGGUGAGGCCGUUAUUCGCCCCUCGUCUAAGGGAUUCGAUCAUCUUGCCGUCACCUGGAAGGUCGGCGAGAACUCGUUCCAGCACGUCGAUGUGCUCGAGAUGAACAAGGCCAGCGAGUACUCGGUCGGCAAGCAGCUGCGUGUGGGCAAGCAAGUCUACUCUGAUCUCGACGAGCUGAUCGUCAACCACGUCCAAGCCAUGGCCCGCAAGGUCGCCGAGCUCACGCGAGAUGAGCGCUUCCAGAAGGGCACCAAGGAAGAGACAGAACAAUGGCUCGCCACCUACUGCAACGCCAACACUACCCGCUCCAUGUACGCUUUCUGCGCGAUUCCCAAGCAUCCAGGCUACUUUUGGCUUUGCUUCCAGGCGGGCCGCGAUGGCAUGAAGGGCGAGUGGCCCGUCAAGGUCAUUCCCAAUGCCUUUGAAAUGCAGAAAAACGUCUACCCCGACAUGGUUGCGCUAAAGAACGGUUUCAAGAUGCUGUUCCAGAGCCGUAGUAAGAUGGCGGGGCCGCCUGGCGGGCCUGGGGGCCAGAGACCUGGGCCUCAGGCGAUUCCGAUUAGGCGUUGA